AUUAAAUUAAUAACUCUACUUCAGUAAUAUAAAAAAGUAUGGAACUUACGCGAAACUUGGUUACUUGCAAAUUGAAAUGUUACCUUCUUAAAAUACCGAAAAAGUCUUGUCUGCAUCACGUAAGACAUAUCAGAUUGGCUGAAGUAGGAAAGUUAGAAACACCAAAAUUGCAAGGAAAAUAUGAAACUGGUCAACUAAUUUUACACAGAGUAUUCGGAUACCGUGGUGUAAUAUUAUUUCCAUGGGUCGCAAGAAUUUAUGAUAGAGAUAUUCCAAAUAAAACAGAGGAAAAUACGAGUGAUAAUUUUAAUAGUGUGGAAAAAGAAGUAAUAGGUAGAACACAUAUAUUUUACCAAGUAUUAAUCGAUCAAAGAGAUUGUCCUCACAUACGUGCCCAAACAGAAGCUGUAACAUUUUUGGGAAAUCAAGAAAGUAGUCGCAGUUUGUAUGCAAUACCAGGGUUAGAUUAUGUUGCUCACGAAGAUGUUUUACCUUACACAACAAAUGAAAAGAUGGCAUUGCAACAUGAACUUUUUGAUAAAUUUUUAAUGUAUAAAUCAGAUCGAGAUCCAUGCUUUGUUGCACAAGAAACUCUUAAGGCAUGGCAAAAGAAGAAUCAUCCAUGGUUGGAAUUAUCAGAUGUACAUAAAGAAACUACUGAAAAUAUUCGUGUUACUGUCAUACCCUUUUAUAUGGGUUGUAGAGGAAGUCAAACCACAGCCGUACAUUGGUGGCGAUACUGUAUUCGUUUGGAAAACUUGGGUGAUCUGAGUGUACAGUUACGUGAGAGACAUUGGAGAAUAUUUAGUCUUUCUGGGACUUUAGAAACUGUUAGAGGUAGAGGUGUAGUUGGCCAAGAACCAGUUUUAUCAAAAACUUUACCUGCCUUUCAGUAUAGUAGUCAUGUGAGUUUACAAGCUGCAAGUGGCCACAUGUGGGGUACAUUUAGAAUGGAAAGAGAAGAUGGAUAUGCGUUUGAUUGUAGAAUUCCACCUUUCUCUUUGGAAUCAAAAGCAGAAGAACCACCUUCACCAAACGUAAGCUCAUGAUUAAAUUUUGUAAUUUUAAAUGUGAACUGAUUGUAACUGAGUUUUUUUGAA